CGUCCGUCACUCGGGCGGCCGACGCCGCGCGCGUAGCCCGUACGAUGUCGGUGCGAGCGGACCACCGCGAUCGCGAUCGCUACUCCCGACACUCCUCCCGCGCCUCCGUCGACCUCGCCUACCCCGGCGGCUCCGCCAGGGACCACUCCUUCCGCUCGGUGCACUCGGGCCGCGUCCCGCGCGUCGCCAGCGAUGACCUGAUGGUGCCGGCGCGCACGCUGCGCUCGGCGUCGUGCCGGGCCGCCCCGGGUGCACCGCACCGCCUGCGCCGCCACCACUCGUCGGCGGCGGAGUGCGACCGCGCGCGUCGCUCGCGCCGCCACACGCUCGAGCUGCCCGCCAGCCGCGGACCCAGCGUUCGCAGUAGGUCGCCGGAGCCCCCGCCGCCGCCGCCGCCGGAGCCCGAGGAGUCGCCGGAGGACGCCGGCAAGGAGGCCCGGCGCCGGCGCGUGGUGGCGGCUGUGGCGGCAUCGUUCUUCGCGCUGGCGCUGGCGUCGGUGCUGGUGGUGGUGGUGACGCUGACCCACAGCUCGGUGCUGCGCGCGCACAACCAAACGGCCAAGUACUACACGUUCUCCGUGCCGCCGCACCAUCCUCUCAGUGAGCCCCGUUCAUGUUGCCCCACCGUCGCCUCUCCCGCUUCGCAUGCGACUGUCUCCGACCCCGAGUGCCCGGGGCUGCGAACGUCCGCGCGCCGCGCCGCCUGUGCCUGCUCAGCGCCGCCGACUCCCGCGGUACUUACACACAUCGCCAACACUCUCAACUCUCGACUCUCGCUACAGACCUCGGACGCCGCGGGCUUCUGUCGGCACAGUGCUAGUAGGUUUUACAGUUGUAUCUGACUUUGGGGCGAAACGCUGCUAGGACUAUGCCGGUGGAAUCCCCCGCUAGCACGUUCGCAACCCCCUUCUGCAUGUAUGUUUAGAUGUAACGUGCUUGUAACAUUGUAUAUAGAUGUGUCU